AGCUUCUCACUGUCAGAGACUUUCAUAGAAGCUCUAAGUAAGUCUAAGUUGCACGACCAGCACGGCCACGGACCUCUGUCGCGUGCUGUAACCUCCUCACAAAAUUAUUUUUCCGCGAUUCAUCCUUGAAGCCGCACCUUUAUCAUAUCGUAGUCGUUUUGUCUACUCCCCGUUUUUAACUUCUAGAACCUCCAAACCAAUCUAUCCAAGAUCGAUCAACAUGGCGCCUUCGGCUUCCGGCAAAAAGGGCAAGGUGCUGCCCAAUCACAUGCAGCUGAACACCGAAAAAACCAAGACCGUGUUGGUCCGCACCUCGGACCAGGAAUGGCUGACUACCUCCCUCUCUUCCGGCGUCGCCCGCCGGCUGAUCGAGCGGAAGGGAGGCGAUAUCGCCCGUGCCACCACGGUGGUGAAGUUUGGUCCGGACCAGACGUUCCCCCCGCACACGCACACCGGCGGGGAAGAAUUUAUUGUGCUGGACGGGCACUGGCGCGACAAGUACGGCGUGUUCCCGAAAUACACGUACAUUCGCAAUUUCAUUGGCAGUGAGCACGCGCCCUUUAUCGGCAGCGACGGUUGCAAAAUCAUGGUGAAGCUUUGCCAAAUGCACCCGACCGGGGGAAAGCCGGCGAAGGAGCCCGAGCACAAGGCGUGGACCGGACUAACCGCCGCGAAAGUGAAAGCGGAAGGGAAACAAGUAGCGGAAAUUGGGGGCGCUUGCGUUUAUCACGAGCUUGAGCUGUUCUCGAACGGUCUGGAGACCGUGAAAAUUAUGGUUUUGCCGAAGGGACAGACUUCGAUCCAUCUUCCCGUUCCGAAAAACGGCCAGGAGCUGUUCGUGGUGGAUGGGAAGAUGAAUUCUUCGCUCGGCGAGCACAACGUGGACUCCUGGGCCCGGUUGACGGAAGAGAAGUUGGGGAAGGGUGGAAAGUUGAAGGUGAACACGAGCGCGUCUCCCUGCGACGUGUACCUCUGGAGCAAAGAGGGACAUCUGAAAUCGAAGGAGAUCGACCUUGAACUUAUCCUGUGCAAAAGUAUCGUACUCGUAGUAAUCCGAGUUAUGCAUUACAAAUCUAGCUGGUUAGGCAAAUCCGCAUUACAUAAUGCUGCGCCAAUUUGUAUUGCGAUUUAUACUAGUACGAUACUUUUGCAGUUCAUAGAACUGGCGCGGAAGCAAGAGCUGGAGUGGAUUGAGGCGAGGAAGAAGUGUGCGGAGAUAUUCAAGAAAAAAAGUGUGUAAGUGUAACUUUUUUAUUGCAGGAGCAGCAUCACAGAUAUCUUUAUGCAUAUCAGAAAACCUGUCAUGCGUAGUUAGUACGCGAAAACACGUAUUGAAAUCGCCUCUGAUGCAUAUCCGGCAUGACAAGUGUAACUGUAUUGCAACAUCUGCAAGACAAAGUUACACUUACACAGUUUUUUCUUGCGAUAGGAGUGCUCGGACGUCCACUAUGGAGGGAAAAAGUCGAUGAAGAAGUCGUCGAUGAAGUAUGAGAUGAGAAGACAAUUCCCUAUCCCUUUCUCCCUCAUUUGUCAUGCUGAAUUUGCAAUUGUCAAUCCGCUGCUGCCUGCUUGUAGGAGUAAGUAAGUCGGCCUGAGGACAUGUAUAACAAGCUACAAUGCACUGCAUAAGCCUGACACUGCAUUUUUCCGUGUCUACUGGACGUGUCAUGUAAGAGCUACAGUUCUGUUUCUGUUUCUGCUGCUGCUCGUGCCACACAAAUGAGUGAGAGGUGGUGGAGAGCUUGUGCACUCUCACAUGAAGAAGAAGAGCUCGGCGACGAAGAUGAAGAUGAGCAUGAAGAGCGUGAAAAAAACGAUGAAGAAGAAGUAAUUGGGAAGAAGGACAAGGAGUGCUGUAUUUGUAUUCCGUUCUAGUAGCGACGCGGCAACUUUUUUGGAGCUUCAAUUUUCUAUAAUUGAUCAUUUCUUCCACGGUUCGCUCCGGCUACCGUGACGCACUUAAAUUUCUAUUAUUGAUUUCGGUUUGACGUCAGGUUGAGCACGUGAGGCGGAUUCUCAACCGUCACGCUUUUUCUGUAGAAUCAGAUUUCGACGGUUUACAUCUGACAUAGUGACCGCAGAAUUUGUGCCACCGAAUAAGUCGCCAAGAACUAUCCGCCAAGUAGCGCGUACUGACAAGUAGAAGUAUUCUUUUACAUUCUCAUCUAGUACGAUAGUAGCUUCGCACCGUGACUGUAAAUCUUCAUUGGAAGGAACGAAGUGAAAUUGUGAUUGAAUCACAAUUGCGCUUCGUUUCGUUCGGAUCUUCGCAAGCACUCGAAAACUCAAGUAAUGUUUGAGGCAUGAAUGACAUCAUGACAUUCGGAGUGCGAAGUGGAUGCUUCCGUUGUUGCUCUUCGGAAAAAAAAGGGUCAAAGACAAAAGAAGAACGCAACAGCCAUGAUCUCAAUGAGCACAGGAGGAGGU